UGUAGAAUUUCUUUUCCAUUCUUUCCAGCCAUACAUAGAAGAAAUUUGUGAAAGUCUUCGAGGCGAAAUUUUUCAAAAAUUUAUGGAAAGUGACAAGUUCACUAGAUUUUGUCAGUGGAAAAACGUAGAAUUAAAUAUUCAUUUGACAAUGAAUGAUUUCAGUGUGCAUAGGAUUAUUGGAAGAGGAGGAUUUGGUGAAGUGUACGGUUGCAGAAAAGCAGACACUGGAAAAAUGUAUGCAAUGAAAUGUUUAGAUAAGAAGAGGAUCAAGAUGAAACAAGGAGAAACAUUAGCCUUAAAUGAAAGAAUUAUGUUGUCUCUUGUCAGUACAGGGGACUGUCCUUUCAUUGUUUGUAUGACCUAUGCCUUCCAUACUCCAGAUAAACUCUGCUUCAUCCUGGAUCUGAUGAACGGGGGUGACUUGCACUACCACCUUUCACAGCAUGGGGUCUUCUCUGAGAAGGAGAUGCGGUUCUAUGCCACUGAAAUCAUUCUGGGCCUAGAGCACAUGCACAAUCGGUUUGUUGUGUACAGAGAUUUGAAGCCAGCAAAUAUCCUCUUGGAUGAACACGGACAUGUAAGGAUAUCAGAUCUCGGUCUUGCCUGUGAUUUUUCCAAAAAGAAGCCACAUGCGAGUGUUGGCACCCAUGGGUACAUGGCUCCCGAGGUGCUGCAGAAGGGGACCGCCUAUGACAGCAGCGCCGACUGGUUCUCCUUAGGCUGCAUGCUUUUCAAACUUCUGAGAGGUCACAGUCCUUUCAGACAACAUAAAACCAAAGAUAAGCAUGAGAUAGACCGAAUGACCCUCACUGUGAAUGUGGAACUUCCAGAUACCUUCUCUCCUGAACUAAAGUCCCUCUUGGAAGGCCUGCUCCAGCGAGAUGUCAGUAAGCGGCUGGGCUGUCAUGGAGGCGGUGCACAGGAAGUAAAAGAGCACAGCUUUUUCAAAGGUAUUGACUGGCAGCAUGUCUACUUGCAAAAGUACCCACCACCCUUGAUCCCUCCCCGGGGAGAAGUCAAUGCUGCUGACGCUUUUGACAUUGGUUCAUUUGAUGAAGAGGAUACCAAAGGCAUUAAGCUCCUUGAUUGUGACCAAGAACUCUACAAGAACUUCCCUCUGGUGAUCUCCGAACGAUGGCAGCAGGAAGUAACAGAAACAGUUUAUGAAGCAGUAAAUGCAGACAUGGAUAAAAUUGAGGCCAGGAAGAGAGCUAAAAAUAAGCAACUUGGCCAUGAAGAAGAUUACGCUCUGGGAAAAGACUGUAUUAUGCACGGGUACAUGCUGAAACUGGGAAACCCAUUUCUGACUCAGUGGCAGCGUCGCUAUUUUUACCUCUUUCCAAAUAGACUUGAAUGGAGAGGAGAAGGGGAGUCACGGCAAAACUUGCUGACGAUGGAACAGAUUCUUUCUGUGGAAGAAACUCAGAUUAAAGACAAAAAAUGUAUUUUGUUCAGAAUAAAAGGAGGAAAACAAUUUGUCUUGCAAUGUGAGAGUGAUCCAGAGUUUAUGCAGUGGAAGAAAGAGUUGACCGAAACUUUCACCGAGGCCCAGCGGUUACUACGCCGCGCUCCGAAGUUCCUCAAUAAACCUCGAUCCAGCAUUGUGGAGCUCGCAAAGCCACCCCUGUGUCACAGAAACAGUAAUGGCCUCUAGCACCCAGCAGCAGCAAGAGCCUACAAGGAGUCUACACUGGGGUUUUCCGCCCUUGAGCAGAGCCUUUGGAGACAUGUGAGGGUGAGACAUCUGACUAACUGACCACUGGCUCUUCCACUCUAGGAAGACCAGGACACCAACAUGCUCCUAAUAGGAGUCGGGACUGUCCUCAGGCUCGGGGUCAGCCUUGUCCCCUUCCUGAUCACAUUUGUCCACAACUGAAACUACUGAAGACAUGAAAGUCCUUUUUCUUUGCUACAUACUUCUUUUGGUAUCCUGUGAAUCUAGAACUUGAAAUGAUUCCGACUUAUGACUCAGAUUUUUAUGUGUGAUAUGAGACACAUCUUAGACUUUCCAGUGUUGGGUAAUAGAUUGCCCUAAGCAUUGCCAUAUUUUAUCUAUAUACAGCCUCUGCUGAUUUUAUAUGUCUUUGCUUCAUCUUUUUGGGGGCUGCCAGAGCCACCAUGUGUUUCUUUUGUGCACUUCAAAACUGACUUCUUCUUUGUCCUGAGGUUAAAAGUUGAAGAUAUUUUUUGAUGAGGGUACCCUUGGGCCCUGUCCUGGGAGCUGUGCCCACAUGCGUUGCCCUGCCUCUGCCCAGGCUGUUCUGGGUUUACAGGGUUAACUAAUCAUUGAAGGCAUCCAUCUGUCAGUCAUUGAAAGAUUCUGAGUAGAGCUUUAGGUUUCAGGGACGAUAGCAAUUUCCAGAAGUCUUCACGUCCAGCGUGCUCAAGUGGACAGCAUCUCUCUGAGUCUGGGUACAAAGAAACACUGUGGGUGAGGCCUUCUUGGGUCUCAACAACGAGUAGUCAUAUGACCAUCAUUGUGAUUCCUUCUACCUGACCCCAGGAAACAUAUCAGUAAUGGCCAUGCAAAAAAAGGUCUGUUUUACAUUUUAGUAUAAUUUAAAAUGAAUUUUAUUGAAAAGCAAAUGCUGAAGAAUGACUGUGUCACCAUGGGGUAACUGUGUAUAUUGACUUUUAUGUUGUUAUUUGUCUGUCAUUAAUGAAUGACAUUUUGCACUGGGCUGUUGUACACGGUGGUGACAUUAGGACCGAAGACUUGUCGCCUGAUCCCAGCAGCAUCCUCCCCUGAAGCUUGUUUUCCCAUUGCCUCCAUGCCUUGUUGACACCCCUGAGUCAAUGCUGAUUUGUGAGAACCAGCAAAGUUCCCUGUGUCACCAGGCUAAAAAAUAAUAAUUUAAAAUGUUCACAUAUUUGUCCUGUUCUUGGUAUAGUUUUAUUGUAUGUCCUUUAAGUUAACUACUAAUGACAUAAAUAACUUGACAUCAUGAUAAUCUGUAUCCUGUCCUCAAUAGUUUUAGUGUUUCCAAAUCUUUGUUUUUAUAUUUGUGUACUGUGUUCAUUGGGAAAGUCAGCACUUUUCAGUGAAAUUUGUGAUUGUGUGUUGUGAGUUUGGAAGAUAAUUUAUGGAAAGAGUAUAUUAUUUCAUGGGAUUACUGUGGAAAAGAACUUUUGGAGUUUGUUGUCCAUCUCAGCUAUUAGUUGGGAGUUAAAUUAGCAUUCAUGUUCUACCGUCUGUGAUUUCCAGCGCAGGAAGAAGGAUACCACUUACAUGAAUUCCCCUUACUCAAAAGGGAAGAAUAGUAUUCAAAUUAGGCUUGAAAGCACCACCAGAAACAGAAAAGCCACUAUUUUUGAAGAGGAGUGUCUUCCCAGCUCUGGUUAUUCAUAGCCAUGACUGUUGUAGUUCCAUCUGGGUUGGCAGGCUUAUGUGUGCUCAGCCUGUGCAGUUUGGGAAGCGCUGCGCCCACAUCUCUCCAGAUAGAGACAAGGCCUCCUGUCAAGAAGGCGAUGAAGCAAGAAGGCAUCAUGACUCCAUCAGGACUGGGCACAGCGUCGUCCUUCUCGUAUCCGGGUUUUAGCUACGCAGUGUUCAAAAAGAUUAUCAAACUGUCCUAUACUUGACAUAAAAUUACCAAUCCACAUCUCUUCCAAAAAUUUCAUUUCUGCUCUGAAGUAGAACAUACAUUCACCUCUCUUUUAGGAAAAAAAUAUGAAUUGGAAAAUGUCCCAAAAGCCCCUUUGCCUCAAACUUAUUCCCCAGCUCACACUUGAUUUACAGUGAGAUGGCUGAGAAGAUGUCAUUUAUUAAAAGUGUUUUGUGAGAUUAGGAUGGGCUGCUUCUGAGGGCGGUUAUCGACUGUGUGAGAGGCUGGUUUGGUGUUCUGGAAGGCCAGCCUUCUGCUGGCAUGUUAUAAUGGAGGCGUUUUUUCCACCAGACAGAAAAUACAGCUGUGCCUAUACCAGGUACCCGCGUGGUCCAAGAAGUCGGUUGGGUUAGAAGUCUUGGUGGACUUUGCUGUUUUAGCUUUCCAGAGUGCUACAUAAUUCCUAGAGGUUUACCUUCCUUACAUUUGGACUAUUAAAAAGAACAAAUUUCAGCUCACAUUUUCUCACAUUUUAGACUUCUACGGUUGGGACAUUUUAACGUCAUCAAGGAAGAUAAUUGAGGUUGAUAUUUUUAUUAAAUUAUGUUAUAUUUUGUCUUGAUUUCAUAGUCAAAGGAAUCAAUAAAGCAGUGACUAAAAAUAAUAAACUGCUUUCAGCUGCUAUACAGCAUAUAUGGAGUAAAGGUAAAACAUUUGUGAAUCCAAGUUUAUUCUUUUUAACCUGAAACAUUCUCUUUGGUGCAUUUAACCCCUCAUGUCAGUAGGAUUAAUUGUUUUUCCCUCUUUGUCAUAGUUAAGUAUGAUUUUUCAGCAAAACUUCUAGAACUGGGCUUGUUUCUCUGUUAAAGUGCUCCUGCCUCUAAUUGGUCAGUUCACUGACAUUUCCGUGUCAAAAUCCAUAUAUGAGAAAAAGAGGCCACAUGUGCUGAGGCAUACUGGGGAGAGAAAGCAUUCUGCUCACACAGGACCGCAGCCACAUACUGCGAUCUUCUUGGUGACAGACAAGGUCUAGCUUGUUUGCAGUUUGAAAUAUGCCACAGGGAUACAAGAAACCACUCUUUUAGGACCUUCUUGGCCAUAAGAAAAAUUUAUACCAAUUGACAGUGGGAUUUCACUAGAUUAAAGAGAUCAAAGGGUAAUUUUUUUUUCUGAUUUAUUUCAUUCAGAAUUUGUAGUUGAACUGAUUCAAUACAUUUGACUUUUCAACAGAAUUGAUUUUCCUAAUAAGUGUUUCAAAAUUUUAACACAUCAAGAAGAAAAUAGAACCCACAAAGUUUGAACCUUUUCACCUGAUAUAAAUCUAUAAAAAUGCUUUGUUAUGUGCUGGAUUUAUCGGGUAUGAUUUAAUCAUAUGCCAUUUUUUCUCAUUUAUGUUCAGGGAAAUGUUUCUGUGUCAUUCAGAGAUGUUUGAUGAAUUAACACCUUCUCACCCAGUGUGGGGGAUUUACUUGUUCUUUGUACUCGAUGAGUUGGGCUUCACUGGGAUCUGUGAGAGGUGGUAGGUAGAGUGGGUGUCACCAAAAGAAGAAUAGUAAUAGAAAUGGGGUGAGGGAAGAAAGGAGUUCAUUUGCUAAUCAGAAUCAUUCGUCUUACAUGUAAAACACCAAGGAAAUGACUGAGUUAAGGUUGGUGGGUUUUGGGUUGUUUUUUUUUUUCUAUAACAGGGGUGGUUUUUUCCCCCCUUAUAAUUACAAUAAUAACUAGUGUAAGACUCAGUCAUUUUCUUUUUGAAUAUGAAGCUGCUGAACUGAUUAAAAGGCCUUUUGCUCUCCCAGGACUUUCCAAGGAAGUUAUGGUGUCCUGCCUGUCCUCCAGAGCCCUCCUGUGAAGGAGUGGGGGCCUCAGGCCUAAAGCAGCACCGGCCACCUCUGAAACACUUGUGCUGGUGUGUGCACUUUGCAGCCCAUGGAGGUGGAGAGAUGGUGUCACUGUGGAUGCAUUAUCCAGUUGGUCAGCUGGGAACAUAGUGACAAGUCCCUGAUGUUCUAGUCAAUCCCGCAGAAUAACAGCCUCCUAGCCUGUUUGUGCCAUGUCCACUUAACAGUGAGCUUUAAUAGUUUACAUUCUAAAAAAAAAAAAAAGUUUCCUAAAGAUCUAACAUGAUUUUUCCCUCCCAUGUAAGGUUUACUUGAGAGGUUUGAAUUAAUUACUUAAACUCACGUUAAUAUGAAGUUUUAUUUUUUAAAUCCAGGCCACAUUUGAACAAAUUUUACUAUGGAAUGAAUUAAAGCAAAACUAUAAAAUAAUACUCUUUGGUUUCCUCAAGUCAUGAUGGGCUUGAGAUUUUCUUUGUCCUCAAAGACUGAAAGAGAUGUUCUUUUGCAGCGGAAUAGCAGGGGUGCCUCCCACAGCCCACUCGAAGACCUGGCUGUGUUUGUGUUGACUGAUAAAUGCAAGACCCCAAAUUUUAAUUUGGCUUUAUUUAAAACAAGCAAACAAAAACUACAGAAAGUGUGUUAACAGUAUAUGCAUUUCAUCAAAAACAUGGAGGAGGAAAAACUCUUCAUUUUAGAGUUAAAUAACUGAAAUUCAUACAGUAAAAUUAGCUCUGUUGUAUCUAAUAAUCUCAAAAUCAUCUCUGAAAAUUCAUAACGAGGCUUCUGGCUUUUAUUUUGUCCUAAAUAUUGGUUGUCUUUGAUGUAAGGGUAGGGAAUGGAGAAAUCAUUUCAAUUGUGUAUUUGUAUUACAAAGAACUUGAAAUUUAAUUUGUUUUUUAGCUGAUGAUGUUCUAUGAUGUAUAUAUUGUGUGUGGUUUAUAAGCUAAACACUGGCCUUUUUUUUAAAUUUUAUUGUUAAAUUGUAUUUUUCUAUGUUUUAACUAAUUAUAAUAGAUUUGGCUUUUUCUGGAUAACAUAAAGAUUGCCAAACUGUAUAUAUAUACAUAUAUAUAUAUAUAUAUAUAUAUAUAUAUAUAUAUAAAACAAGAGUUCUAUUUUAGCGCAAAAGCAUUUUAUAUUGUUUAUUGCGUCCAUAAGUUUAUUUUCAUCACAAACAUUCCAUAUCAUUUCUGCUCCUUCUUGUUUGUGUAGUUUAUUAUUCAAGGAAUGACAGCCCUUUCUGUUUUUCAUACAAUAAAACUGAAAUAAUGCAUGUGGGACAGACAGCUCUUCUCACUGCCGUGAACCGUCUUCAUCAGCCGUUUAUCUUCUGGUCUGUGCCAGAGCCGUGUGACUGUGUCUUAUAGUAUCCGGCAGCAAAUUUGGUGUGAAAUACUGCUUUCAUCUACCUCUUCUGAAGGCCUGUUAUUCAGUGACAAGUAUCCCAAAGGCUUUAUUCUGGACCGGCUGUAUCAAAAGAAUUUCUGUGAGAUGCUGCGGUGCGAUUCCCUUAUAACCUGGAUUUGUUGAUAAAGCCACAGCAUCGUCCAGGGGCCCCGGCGAGCCAGGCAAGUCGAGAUCCCUUCUGCAGAGCCAUCCUUGGGAUUCGAGGUGCAACUGCUCUUACUCUUAGUGUGCCAGUCUCCUGCCAUCCAUCUCCCCAUGGCCUCAAGAUUUGACGAUGGGACCUGGUUUUACACUUCUGUGCGAAGGCAAGCUGUGUUGAAAAACACGGCUGUUAGGAGUCACACCUCUGAAGGUGACCUUUUCCCCCUUCACUAUUUCAAAAUGGUUUGGAAAAUGGGGUCAUGUAGGCAAAUGUCCUCAUGUGUGAUGAAAACUUUGUAAGAAUUCUUAUUUUCUAAUGGGCCCUUGGGUGUUUAUGUGAAAUAGAAUGAAGACCUGUGGGGUGCCUCCUCCCUCUUCCCUCUGCCUGUCUUCAUAGUUGCGGAGCCAUCAACGCUGUUACUAUAUUCUUGGCAAAGUGUAAUCCCCUUAAAGAAAUAAAUCCAUUUUUCAUUGUGCAUUGAUAUACAAAAGUGAAGCCAGUGAACUAGGUAUUAUAAAUCUAGAUGGUGUACCUAGCAAAUAUCAUUUGUUUGAUCUCUCUUCUUAUAUAUCGUGCCAGUGAAGGUUUAUAAUCCCUUCCCAGUACACGCUCCCUAGUGCACGUCUGAAAUCGUGUCCUCUGUGAGAUGCUGCUUCACAUGUAAGGCCCCUUGCCCUGUGGUUGGUUAGCAUCACCAUCUUUUACAGUUAUUUUGCAGCAGCUAGGCUUGUUUUCUGUGUUGGCAAAUUGCUUAUAUAAAUCUCAAUAAAAAAGAUGUGCACAAAGA